CCCCUUUUUUUUGCUUCCGAAGAGGGAAAAAAAUAACUCGGCGAGAACGAAGGCCAUCGCGACUCGGCUGUUUGUCACCGUCGCAUCCGCCGUCCAGAGCGAGACAACCGGCGCCAUGACGAUGCUCCGAUCUGCCAUUGGAACUGCCCUCCGGCGGGCGGCGCCGGCCGCUCGUUUCUUUAGCAGUGUCGCCCGUGGCAGCCCUGGAUGCAGCGGCGCAACCAGUGCGCUCCGGCGGACGGCGCCGGCCGCUCGUUUCUUUAGCAGUGUCGCCCGUGGCAGCCCUGGAUGCAGCAGCGCAACCAGUGCGCUCCGGCGGACGGCGCCGGCCGCUCGUUUCUUCAGCAGCGUCGCCCGCGGCAGCCCUGGAUGCAGCCACGCAACCAGUGCGCUCCGGUGGCCGGCGCUGACUUAUAGUCUCUUCGGCAACGGAGGAGGCGGCAGCUCUGGACUCAGGAGGAUGAUGUGCUCGUAUGGCAAUGGUGGACAGGGAUUCUGGAAUCAAGCCUUGAGCUGGGAAAGAUCUGAUAUUUUGUUUUUCGGUAUCACUGGCGUCGUGAUGUAUGUGGUUCAAAGGAAAGUAAGAGCCUUGCAAGAAGAAAAAUGGCAACGUCAGAUAAAGGAUAUUGAGGUGCGGUCAUACAUGAUGGAUAAGGAGAAGGAAGAAACAAUCAAUAUCCCUUUUCAUUGACUCCCUUUUGUCGAAAGCUCAUCGACUCCUCGUCUUGAUGUUAGCAUUAAAGCUUGGUAGUUUGUAGUUGGAUGCCGCAAGGGGAUGACUACCUCUGCAGCGGCGGAUCGAAGGAGAUGGCUCAUCAUCUGGUAGUAAGAUGUUAGGUUUUGUUGAUUGUACGGGCUACAUCCUGUUGUGUGACUGUUGUAUCCUCAUGUGCUUUCAGCUGAGUUGAGUUGUAAUUUGUAAGGUUGACAGGCAGUUUCAAUUCUGCUAUGCCAGUGUAGCUAUUGUAUAUAUUAUAAGAAA